AUGAACAGACUUUUGCAAAGUUUGGGCCUGGUGUCAGGCGUCCCUCCAGCCCCACAGGUCGGACCACAAGUACCCCAAGCAGGACCUUCGAGCCAGGUCACAAGAGGUACCCCUAUCGCCAACCAGCGACUUUCGUCAACCACCUCGACUCCAUUUGCCACCCCAAUGACGUCCACGCCGUACUCUACACCAGGACAGGGGAGUGGGGCAACUGGCGGAGAGGCGGCUCAGUUGGACGUUAACGAUGCAGCCGAGCUGAGAAGACUCCGUGAGGAAAAUAGAAGGCUGAAAGAUGAAAUCAGGCGUCUAAAGGGAAUGCGGGACACAACACCGACAGCAGCUCCAUCAACAGUCCCAUCAUCAGCUCCAUCUGCAGUUUCAUUGGCAGCACCAUCAGCAGCCUCAUCGUCAGCUGCAUUACCAGCGCCAUCAGCAGCUCCGUCCGCCGCUCCACUAGCAGCGCCAUCGACAGCUCUAUCAGCAGCUCCAUUAGCAGCACCAGCAGCAGUUACAUUGGCCACAGCAACAACCGCAGCAGCUCCGGUCACUAUGAAUGUGGCGACACAAACUCUUACAGCAGCUCAGGCAACUGAUGAAGCAAGGCAGAGACGCCAUGCUAGAUAUAGGCAAAGGGAAGUAAGGCAACAACUUCAAAGGCAACAGCAGCACCAACAGGAACAACGAUUCCAGCUUCAGCAACAGCGCCGACGACAACAACAGCAGCAGCAGCCCCGACAGCAGCUACAGCAGCAGCAGCAGCCCCGACAGCAGCAGCUACAGCAGCAGCAGCAGCCCCGUUUGCAGCAGCAGCCCCGACAGCACCAGCAUGCCAGACAGCAGCAACAACCCCGACAGCAGCAGUUCCGCCUGCAGCGGCAGCGGCACCAUCAGCAACAGCACCGACAGCAGCACAGACAGCAUCAAGAAACUCCAUACGAGGAGCUGCUACGUAUUUUCGAUGAGGAGAAGAGGACUUCGACAAGGGGCCGAAUACGGAAGCCAGCCGGGGUCGUCCAGGUGGCGUUAGGAGGAGGAGUGACCACUGUCACCCAGCCGCCUCAGCCAGUCCCCGAAAUUGGCAUUCUCAGUCGGUAA